CACUUUCAGACUUCAGCUGUUUCAGUCGCGUCCCCUCAACAAUAACAAUGGCUACGUACGCAGAUGAAAGUCUUCCCAACAGAGACGUCCUAGAAGUCAAGCUGAGAAAGCUUGAAUGUCUCUUUACAUGGGGGUUAGAAAAAGCAGACAUAAAAGAUUUAGACAGUAUCCCUCAAAAACUCUUGGACAGGGUCAAAUUCUGUCCUCAAAGAUAUCAUGCGACGUACUUCAACAUUUUGGCAUUUGUCAGUCACUUGACAGGUGAAACGGAAAGUGCACUUGAAUAUCUUCGCAAGGCUGAACUUGCAUUGAUGGAGGACAAGAGGGAUGAAGUUGACUUCAUUGUGACCUUUUCUAAUUUUGCAUGGAUUCACUAUCAUUUGGGCAAUUUAGAUGAUGCUGAGGUUUACUUGGGAAAAGCGACAAAUAUUUUCAACGAUAGGGGAUGUUCUCAGCAGUGUUCAAGCAGCCUUCCCACAGUUCAUGGAGAAAAAGCAUGGAGUUUUCUCAGGCUUGGAGCUGCAUUUUAUGAGCAGGCAAAGGAGAGUUUUUCCAAAGCCCUUGAGGCAGAGCCAGACAACGUGUCCUUCAAUGUGGGUUAUGCAGUGGUGCUAUACAGGUUAGAGGGCUUGAACAAGGAAAGGGAGAUCAGGCCAGAAGCCAGCAAAGCAGUAAGACAGCUGCAAAAGGCCUUAGAUUUAGAUCCCACUAACUCUGAGGUCAUGGUUCUACUAGCUUUGAAACUUCAAAGAACAAAGAGAUAUGAAGCCAGGAAACUCAUCAAAGAGGCUCUCAAAUUAUCUGCUGAUGUACCUCAAGUUACCCGGUAUGUGGCUAAGUAUUUCAGAGCUGAAGGCUCCCUCGAUGAAUCCUUGGAGAUUCUUCAGAAAGCAGUGGAGCUGUCCCCAGACUCAUCUUUCCUCCAUCAUCAAAUCGGCCUUUGCUACAAACAGCAGCUCAUUCAGAUGUCCGAAGAGCAAAAGCGUUUAAGAAAACGUUCACCCGCAGCUCAAAGAGCAGCCAAAGUGGCAGAGUGCAUCAGUCAUUUGUCAAAAGCUGUAGAACUAAAACCAUCCAACAUUUAUGCCAAGGUCAACCUCGCUGAAAUAUACGGUGAGAACCGACAGCUCGGCGAGGCUGAUAAGAUCUUUACCAGUUUGCUGAAAGAUGAUUCUCUCAGCGAUUUGGAAAAACAGCACUGCCACUUCUGCUAUGGCGUGUUCCUGCUCUACAGGAAGAGGGAUGAGGAUGGUGCCAUUUCUCAGUUCAAAACGGCCUAUAAGAUGUCGAUAGACAGCUAUGAGAGGAAGCAAGCAGGCAAAAAACUGAAACAGAUCGCUGAGAAACGCCUGAACACGAGUCAGAGAGUCAGGGAGGCAUUUGAGAUUUUAGCUUUUGUCUGCGCUGAGGAUAAACAGGAUAGACAAGCUGCAGAAUAUACCAGAAAAGCUGAGCAUUACUCCUCAGGAACCACUGAUCUGACAGAGAAAUUUGCAAAGGGCAUGAAACUUAAACGCUGA